GUGAGCUUUCUCGGUGCUUAGUCGUCAGUCCGCACUGCUUGAGCUGACUUCGGUGUCCUAUCCGUACUCCUAACUGUUCAUUGUGAAAUACAAGCCGUGCUUGCACGAUGUGUUUUUUAAAAAUUAAGCAGAGCAGAAAGGGUUAAGGUGCCACUUUCUCCCAGGGACAACCACUCACGCCAGAGGCCAUCCCUGAAGAAACACAAAAAGCGACGUAGCAACCUUAGCAAGGAAGAGCCCACCAGCCGUCCACGCCGCAGAGGUGUGGGCCCCGUCGUGCGCAGUGGACCGGCCUGGGGGCUGGCAGCAGGACGCCUGAGUCUGCAUGCUGAAGAAGAUGGGUGAGGCCGUGGCCAGAGUCGCCAGGAAGGUCAACGAGACGGUGGAGAGCGGCUCUGACACCCUGGACCUAGCGGAGUGCAAGCUGGUCGCCUUCCCCAUCGGCAUCUACAAGGUCCUGCGGAAUGUCUCUGACCAGAUCCACCUUGUCACACUGGCUAACAACGAGCUCAAGUCCCUCACCAGCAAGUUCAUGACCACGUUCAGUCAGCUCCGAGAGCUCCGCCUGGAAGGGAACUUCCUGCAUCGCCUCCCCAGCGAGGUCAGCACUCUGCAGCACCUCAAGGCCAUCGACUUGUCUCGCAACAAGUUCCGGGACUUCCCCGAGCAGCUCACCACCCUGCCGGCGCUGGAGACCAUCAGCCUGGAGGAGAACGAGAUCGUGGAUGUGCCGGUGCAGAAGCUAGCGGCCAUGCCGGCCUUGCGCUGCGUCAACCUGCGCUUCAACCCGCUCAGCGCGGAGGUGCGCGUCAUCGCCCCGCCGCUCAUCAAGUUCGACCUGCUCAUGUCCCCGGAGGGCGCCCGGGCUCCCCCGCCCUAGGCCACUCUCCUUGUGCCCGCCCGGCAAGGGACAGCGGCCUCUGGCCUGCCCCACUGUGGGGAGGGCUUCCCGCAGGCCCAAGGAGGCCGAUUCUGCGUGCUGGGAGGGUGCCGCGGGCCCAGGGUAGCUUAGGGCAGUAGUGGGCCCUGGAGUGCCGCAAGCGGGAUCAACGAGAGGGCUGCAGUUGGUUGGGCCCUCACGGCUGCUGUGCAAACUUGGGCACCCCGCUGUCCCCCUGAGCCUUGCUGCUGGGGAAAUGGGUGUUGGGGUGGAGCUGUCGCCUGCUUGGAGGUCUCUUGGGCAGGCUGUGGUGCGGUCACCUCCAUGCUGCCUGCAUCUCGGAGCUCACAGAUGAGUGUCGCUGAGCACUUCCUGGGCCCUGUGGGUUUGAGGCCUCCUUCCUAGUGCUGAGAGCCAGGUGCCCCCUGGGAGAGUAGAAGACAGUCCCCAUCUAUAUAUUCCUUCCCGAGAACAGUGCCCAUCCUAGCCCAGGGUUCCCUGGACCUGCGGGAGCCUGAACGCAAGAACAGUUACAGAGGAGCCCGCCAUGUCCUGCUGGGACACUGUGGAGCAUGGCAGGGCAGCUCUGUCCUUCCUCCUGAUUAAGAAAUCCGUGGGGUAGGAAGCUCUGCGGGUUCCACUCCUCCCUGGAGUGUGACCAGGUGUGUGCCGGCAUGGGUACCCAGUCCUCACAGCUGAGCCGCAGGAGAGGCGGCCCAGAGAGAAGACGGCGGUUUGCUGUGUCUGUGAGUCACUGCACCUGUGACCGUGGUCCCUCUGGCAGCAGCCUGGUUAUCUGGUCACAGCCAUGUGCAGGCAGAAGACUCUGUGGGCCACUCCCAGAGCCCUGGUGACCUACCUAGUCCUUUCAAGGCCUGGGACGUGGCCAGGCAGUGGAGUGGCCAGCCAGCCCAGCUUACCAGGGACCAGGAGUUUCCUGGGAUGUGGGGCUGAAACUGGGAGGCUAGCAGGGAUGGCUGGUCCCGCCAGGAGGGGACCUGGCACUGCUGCUUUCGGGAAGCACCCGUGCUCUGCAGCACCCUUGAUUUCUUGAUCUCUUAGCUAUCUACCUCCCACCUUCUCAUUACUGGGGCCAGCUGCCCCAGGCCCCACCAGCUGGCACCUCUGUGUGAGCUUCUCAGGCCCUGGGACUUGGGACAAAUCCAGGCCACCCAAACCCUGCGUCCUGUGGGACCUCUUCACUGCUCCUGAGUUAAGCUGUUCAGCGCUCAGACCUCCUCUCAGAGCACGCCCAGGCUCCUUCCCUCCUGGGGCUCCUGUCUCUUGGCGCUGCAGCAGAGAGCCUGUUCCCUCUUCUCGUAUCCCGGGGCCUGGGUGGCCAGACUCUGGGGAGAGGGUUUUCAGGGUGCGGCAGUCAAGGCAAGAUCUCCAGGGCUGCCCAUUCUGGCCAGGGAUGUUGGGGGACAUCCUGUGUCCUCCUUGCUGGGAGGAGUGGCACUUUCCUAGUGUGCACCAAGGCAGUGCAUGGCCAGAGCCUUGCAGCUCCAAGUGUAGCCUGUCACCAGCUGCAGCAUCUGUGUCACCUGGGGGCUUGUUGGGAAUGCAGGGUCUCGGGCCCCACCCCAGCCCUCCUGACUCUGAAUCUGCAUUUUACCAAGGUCCCCAGAUGACUCCUACAAGCACUUUAUAGUUUGGGAAGCGAGGGCCCAGGAGGCACCUUGGGGAUAUCCUCCGAGUGGCAGGAGAAGGCUCUCAGUUCUGUCCCUGACUCCUCCAGGGAUCUGACUGAGUCUGUGUCAGCCUCUCCCUAACCCAGCCCUGGGAGACGCUUGGCCUUAGAUCUGAUGGCAUUCCCAGGGAAGGGAGUGAGCGCCGUCACCGGGAGGUGAGGGGGAGCUUUCCCUGCCGUCUGCACCUGCCUUUCCGGCCGUCUCCUGCAUGCCAAGCUGCCUGCUCCCCAGGUGCUCACCUCAGGCCCUUAGCCUCCCAGGGCUGCCUCUGAGAGUUGCUUUCUCCUCUGCUUGGAGAGUUCACCCUUGCCUUGCGGGGGAGCUUGGGCCGAGGAGCCCCUGAAUCAGAGCUCACGGUGUGAGUGAGUCCUUUAGCUUCCCUCUGCAAUAAAGACCGUUGGUUUCA